UGGCUCGUGCAUGCGCAUUCAUUGAGGGCUUCUUGGCUAUCUAUAUGAACGACGUACGAACGUAAGCGUGCGGGCGUGGAGGUGUACAUUGAGUACGCCAAGCUUCUGCCCGCGUUUAGGCAAUAUGAAAGGCGCGGGUGGGCGGAUCGCCGAGCAGAGGCAAAGGGCAGAGUAAUGUACCUGACAUGGCCGUUGCGACCGUGUGCGCCAUGUCCUUCCGCUCAGCCCAUGAACACGCCGUUGGGCAGUCGCCCACCUCGCACAGGUAAGCUGGAUCUGUUCUGCUGCUUGUCACAGGCGAGCCGGAAGUUGCCUUAUCGGGGAGGGCGAUGACGGGUGGAAGCGGCGGGCGUGACGGUCGCCAUCUGCUGUUCCGCAUGCCUGUGAUCGUCCACCAUGUCCAGCUCCUCCUCGCCCACGACCGCGUCGACCGCGUCCUCGGCCAGCGCGAGCGCAACCUCCUCCGGCACCAGCAGCGGCGGGGGGUCGUCUGAGCCGUCCUCGCUCUAUUUAUUCACUUUCCUCGCGACCCUCUUCCUGCUGCUCUUCGUCUCGGCCGCGAUCGUCCUCCGCUCAUUCAUCCUCCGUCGGCGCUUCCGGAGGCGAAUAGAGGAGGCCCUCGCCGCAGGCGUGCCCUUGACACCGCCCUGGGGCGGGCCGCCUGAGUUAUUCAGGAUCCUCCAGAGACCGAAGUUGUGGGAUCUCUUCCUCAGGCCUGCGUCCAAGGACGGAUGGAAGGACACACUGCCAAUAGCAGCGACAGUCGUUGCGUCCAAGCCUAGCCAUUCUGGCGGCAGUGCGCUCUCUCCGCAUGAGGGAAGCCCAGAUGCCUCAACGUCCCGUUUCGCCCUUCUUCGGCGUCCGUUCGCACGCCGGCGCGCGACCUCGACGUCGCCUACUGCCUCACCAAACUUGUCCAAUCCCCAGCCGACGGACACAUCCGCGGGAGACGUGCUUCCGCGUGCAGAAGUGGUGCAGGUCGCUGUCAUGGUCAUGAUGCCCAAUCCACAUCGACCGGUGCUCCGUCGGAACUCUCUGUCUAUCUCGCUGAAGGGCAAGGAUAAGAGUCUGUCAGGGGAUUGGGAUGAGGAGGAAGAGGAAGAGGGCAUCCCCGACGUUGUGCUCGGUCUAAUGCAGGUGCCGCACAAAGCCAUGAUUACUGGUUCCCCCGAGUUAUGAUGUGCAUCUCGACUUCCAUUCGAGUCUAUCCUUUGCGUUUCCUGUAGUCUGUGAUACGUGGACAUUGUUGUAUACUGGAAAGUGUAGGGCCGGAACGCAUGC